UAAUAUACACCUUCUUAACCUCUCAAGAAAUGUAUCCGGUUCCUGCAGAUUGUCCCCCUUCGUAUGACUAUCCGUCACAAACCUCUUACGAUGCUUGUGUAUUACGGCUUGUCAAUUUAAUUUGUAUGUGGUCAUUCGUUUUAUUUGGAUUUUUAUGUUUUUCAGCAAAUUUGUUUGGUAUCAUGCCAACCGAGAAUGAUUUGAACGAACUUUGGAACGAAAAGAAGAAGGCUAAGAUUUUUACAACUUCUAUAAGUGUGGAAGAACUCUUUUCUGGACGAGAAAUUAUU